AUGGAAACAGAGUUCCAGUUGGAAAUAAAACACCAAAACCUUAGCAAAACAAACGAACGGCAGCAAAAGAUGCGAACAACGAUAUCGACUAUAGAAAACUACAACGAAUCGACGGAAGCAACAAUGGCGGACGCUAUCGAUAACAUAACACCAAAUGUACAAAUUAGCCGAAUAAGAGACGGUUCCUUACUGCUCAAGACAACUGAUCAAAAUCAAGCCGUGAAGUUGAUGAAGCAGUCUACUCUAGCAGGUGAAAUUGGUAUUAAAAUUUGCGAACACCCAACCCUGAAUCAUUCACGAGGUACAAUCUAUUGUCUCGAUUUGAUAUCGUUGAAAGACGAAGAAAUACUUGAAGGGCUUAAAGAAUCACAGGUCGUUGCUGUUAGAAGAAUGACGAGAAUCACCAAAGAAAAGAAGUCAGAAGAUACAGGCACAUUUAUUCUGACCUUCAAUCUAUCUCAAAUUCCACCAACAAUGGAUGUAGGGUUCUACAAUUGUCGCGUACGGCAAUACGUUGCAGCUCCGUUACGAUGCACAAAUUGCCUAAAGUUUGGAAACAAAGCUGACCAAUGCCGAGGAAACAAAGUUUGCGCCGAUUGCGCACAACUGUACCACGAUAAUGUUCCAUGUAGCUCUAAGCAAGUCUGCGCAAACUGCCGCAAUGAGCACAAUUUAUGGUCCAAAAAGUGCUCAUUCUACGAGGACGAGUUUGAAAUACAGCGAAUUCGAGUGACCGAAAAGCUACCCAUGCGUGAGGCGAGGAAAAAGAGACGAUCCCAGGUUCCUGCUCCCAUUUUUGCAACAACAACACCAAACCGAUCUUUUGCUGGAGUGCUGAGAGAAAGUUUACCAACACACAACGAGCAACGUAGAGAACAUCAAGACAGACACCCCGCGCAACCCACCGAUAAGCAACUAAACGAGAAACACGAGGUAGGACGACAACUGCCCCACAAGACCCAUCGAGAAUCUCCCAAUCAACAGAGCCAAAGCUGUCAAUUUCCACACUUUCCACCGGGUAACAAUAUUACAAAGCGAAACCCGGAUCAGCAGAUAUUGGAAGCGCCUCCGAAGCGAUAUGAUUUUUCAGCGAACGUCGUCAUCAUCAUUGUAGUAGUACCGUCGAAGCAGCAGCAGCAGCAGCACCAGUAG